AUGCCAUCGGCCCUUGGGCAGGCAUAUUAUGUGUUUCGUCUGUGUAACAACUCGACUGGGCGAUUCCUCUCGUAUAUGUGCGCUUGGAUCAAUGUCUUUGGCUGGUGGACUGCGACCGCGACGCUGGUUGCUUUCAACACCAAUUUCCUCCUAGGGAUGAAACUGAUGUUUGACCCAGAGUGGGAUGGUAUCAAUCAAGGCUGGCUUAGCUUUGUCGUCUAUCUGGGCUUGUCACUUAUGGUGACCGUCGUUAAUGUCGUCAGCUGCCGGAAAGACCAUGUGCUUCCAUGGUUGAAUAAUGUGAUGGGAGUUGGAUUCGCUGCUCUCUUUAUUGUCUUCUCCCUCGCAUUUCUGAUCUCCGUCGCCACAAGCACUCACCUAUCCUUCCGAACCCCAACUUUCGUGUUCGGGACAUGGACGAACCAAACAGGAUGGAAUGACGCGGUCACCUGGUUUCUAGGCCUUUUGCAGUCUGCCUAUGGCCUAACAGCAUUUGACUCGGUGAUUCAUAUGGCCGAGGAGAUCCCCGACCCGCGUCGGAAUGUUCCUAAAGCCAUGUACCUCGCAAUUCUCUCCGGAGCAGGAACAAGUUUUGCAUUUAUGGUGAUUUGUCUUUUCUGCCUUCCGGAUGAGACGGCCAUCGCAGAUCAUCCAUCUGGCCUACCGUUCAUUGGGCUCGCUCAACAGAUAGUGGGCCUGCAAGGAGCCUUUGCUCUUGUUGCAUUGUUCACUAUUAUCUCUAUUGGGCAAAAUAUCAGUGUUGCGACAACGGCCUCCCGCAUGACUUGGGGCUUUGCACGAGAAGGCGGUUUUCCAUGGAGCAGGUAUUUCUCCCAUGUGGACCCUACCUGGAAAGCUCCAGUACGAGCGACAUGGGCCCAGGGCUUUAUUAUUGCUCUAGUCGGCGUUUUAUACCUCUUCUCUACCACCGUCCUCCAGGCAAUCGUGAGCGUUAGUAGCAUCGCAUUAAUGAUCUCUUACGGCUUGCCAAUUGCUACUCUCCUCAUUAUCGGGCGAGAUAAACUAAAUCCCGGACCAUUUAGGCUAGGAAAAUGUGGAACGGCACUUAAUUAUGUCAGCGUUAUAACCUGCACUGUGGUCUCGAUCUUUUUCUUUUUCCCAAGCAGACCAAAUCCUGGUGGCAGUGAUAUGAAUUAUGCUAUCGCAGUCUUCGGGGCAAUGAUGCUUGUUUCACUGACAUUCUGGUUCCUGAAGGGCCGUCACACUUAUUUUAGGAUUGAAUGA